UUCCACUGAAAGACGUAGAGCGUACAAAAAUUUGGCAAAAAAACUGCGGGAACAUUGAUGUUUUAUUGAUGGAUAUCACUGACCUUAAACAGAGGGUAAUUUGCCAGCAUCAUUUUGCAGUGGAACAUAUUUACCAAAGUGGCCAAAGAAAGUUAUUAAGGAAAAAUGCUGUUCCUCUAAAAUUUACACAGUUAACAACUGAUUUAGGUGAUAUCCCACCAGUAUGCUCUACAUACGUUUAUUGCGGUACGAAACGUAAAAGAUCUACAAGUGACGAUUGUAUGGUUAGGUCAACUCCAUCGCCUAAGAGAUCAAGUAGUAGUCUCAGUGAUAUUUCCAGUUUUGAAAUUAAUUUGCCCACAAAACUUGAAACUGAAUUGACGGAGAAGGUAAAAAAAUUGGAGUAUCAAGUAAAUGCUUUAAAGAAGAAGUGCCGUCAGAAGAACAGUCAGCGUUGUAGAAGAACAACAAAAAACAAAAAAUCGGCAACCAAAUUCAUGUUACAGGUACUGUUAGAAAAUAAAAGCAAAUACGUGCACACAUUUGUUAAUAUGCAGUUUUCACACAAAACUCGUUCACAAUGGAGUCACAAUGAAAAGGAUUUAGCUCUGGCUAUUUAUUAUAAGUCUCCUAACAAUGGAAAUUGUGAAAUAGCACAAACUGAUAAUUUAGAUUUAACCCACGAAGUAAACAGCGUCGAAAUAUCUGACGAGUCCAUUGAAACCCAAACAGUUCAUGUAGAACAAUCUUUAGACAUGCAAAAGGAAAAUAAUGACAACCAAAUUUUAAGCAGGGCACAUUCCAGCAAAUGUAGCAUAACAAAUUUAGAAACGUGUGCUGUUACAUAUGUCGCUGGUUAUAUUUACUAUAAGAUUAUAAAGAACUUGAAUUGUAGUAAAUGCCAGGAAGACUUGCUAAAAGACAACAAAAUUCUAUUACAGAAACACGAAUUAAUGUUACUUUUCAGAGAUUAUGGCGCAAAUGAAGAAAUAAAGUUUCUUCAGAGACCAUCAGAUUUUCUGCCGACGAGACAACUGAAGGGCCAAACAAGGUCCGGCGAAGGGCCAGAGUAUACUCGUCCUUCAGUAGCAAUCAAGGGAACGGAUCCCAAUCAAGUGAGCUCUAAGACCUUGGCGGAAGGUGUCGGCAGUAGAUCAAAGGCGUAA